UAUUAUCUUUGUUAUUAUUACAUUAUGAACAAAAUAUUUAUAAUCCAGAGUAUUUUUGUAUUCCACAAUUUUUCGGCACAAUAUGUGUACAAACAUAUUUCUGUGUGUGGCUGUUGAAAACAUCUUUAAACAGCCCUCGUGAGAGCCAAAUUUAAGUUUUGUAAAGAAAAUCGAACUGUGCGAAAGUCGAAGCUGUACAUGGCACACAUCGUUUACAUCGUAGCGUUAAAGAAGGCUACAGGAAAUUAAUUAGAUUUUCAAUAUAAUGAGUGUGCCUGCAGCAUACUGGCUUUCAGCGUACUCGAUAAUCAUCUUAAAUUUGUUGUAUGAAACAGGGACGGUCAUCGGGGGCGAACAUUUUGCAUCUUAUCCUACGCGUCAAUUGCAACAAGACAAGGGUGACCAAGACCUCAUCGGGUCUUAUGUGAGCUAUGGAAUUGUCAACGAAUAUUGAAAUUACAGUCGCCGGUGUCUGUCGAACGCUCACUUUUAAAUAUCAUGUUACAUGAUAUUCGAGCUUCCCGUUGCUAGUAAACGCGAUAUCCGUUAUUCAGUAAAACUGUCUAUGCCGUUUCGCUAAUAAGGAUCAUCAUGUUGACGCAGCUCAUAUUAACUCUAAUCCUUCUUAAUGGAAUGGACCCCCAUUUCGGGGAGACGUCCUCGGCAUCUUGCAUGUACGGGCCUAAUGGUCCACGUUUGAAUAUCGAUGCUGCUGACCAUCAAAAGCGUGGUGAAGGCAUCCAUUUAAGCGAUCGUCAAGGUCAUAAUAUAGAACACUGUAUCUUCCGUGAUGUAUGCUGGCACCGACAAGGUUUGUUGUUUAAAUUAAAACAUCCUAGCGAUGUCAGGACAGAGGACUCGAGCUCGUCGUGGGUUUACGGGUCUUGGCCCAUCAAGAAUCUCUCCGCGUCGACAGCGGACCAUAACGGCUUGCCUAUUGAUGUGAUACCAUUAUCCGAUGAGAUCUUCCAUCAGAUCGUAGAGUCGUCACAUCGGCUAGUCCAGCUCGACCAAGCCAUUUUGCUACAGCGUUAUCUUCCAAAUAACCUCAUGCAUGUUAUACAUGACGAUGUAUUACCUGCUUUCGCCCUUUGGGAACAGUUGAACAACGCCUCUAUUCGGUCAACAUAUCCACACAACGGUAAAGAAGAUAACCAGAAAAACCAAAGUUCAGAAGUUAGACUCCUAUUAGUCGAUUGCGCACGUCAUGAAUUUGACGAAUUGUAUUCGCUUGUGGGGGCAAAUGUGGUUUAUUCGGAGCACGGCCAAAUAACCUGUGUUAAUGAGCUCUUUGUGGGGUUACCUAGGGUUACACAGUGGUAUCAGUAUGGUUUUAAAACUCCACAAGGUCCUUUGAAAGGAACAGAUGUUAACAUCCUAGAGCGGUUUAGAAAACGUAACGGAGUUCCUAAUGCGGAUGAUACAAGUAGAAAUAAUUUAGAUAGUUUACAUGGGAUUGGAUCAGCUCUGCCAAGAAUACGUGUGUGCACCUUACUUAUUCGGGAGUUUAAUCGCAAGAUCCUGAAUAUUGAUCAGGUCGAAGAAAAGCUCCGAUCCGAACUGAACUGCUUGGUUCGAAUAGUUUCCUUAAGUAGAUAUUCACUUUCAGAACUUCGUAAACUUAUUAGCGCUACUGACUUCCUUGUAGCCAUGCAUGGAGCUGAGUUAGCUUUGACAAUCUUUCUUCCACGUGGUUCAGCCGUACUAGAAAUGUUUCCGUAUGCCGUACCAUCAGAGAACUACACGCCUUAUCGAACCCUGUGCAGUCUAUUGAACAUUGCAUACGUAGCGUGGGAAAACACCAUUCGUAAAAAUAGCUUUGGUCAUAUGGCUUGUGCCCUUGCAAAUUUAUCCGAUGAAGAGAAAGCUCGCAUCCUGAAACAAGACAAAGUCGAGCCCCACUUAUGCUGUGAGGACCCUGCCUGGCUCUAUAGGAUAUAUCAGGACAGUUGGGUCGAUCUUAGGUCGUUUCGGAGAUCCCUAAGGAUACUGGCCGAGAGAAAAUGGAAAAUGUUUCAGUGUAAUAAACCUGCAGUUAUAAGGGACUUAAUGAGUAUCGUAACGUUCGGGAAGAGCUCCACAUUUGGUUCAUCUACUUCACCGAGUUCACCAGGAGAUUGGUUGUCAUUUUGGAAGCACCUGGCAGUUAUAGCUAAUGGAAAGCACGCAACGUUCUACUUGAGUCGCGUCCGCAAUCCAGUCUGUAGGAGACAUGAAGACCUGGUCAGCAUCCGCUGGGUGGUACCUUUCAACUCUGCGGUCGCGACAAAGACCCAACAUGAAUUUAGAACCUUACAUGGGAAAGACCAAAUGCCGGAAACCAAUCCUUCUGAAGGUAAAUUUAUGUCAACAAAAAAAUCGAGCGCUAGUUGGGCAAAAACUCGAGAAAAAAUUCUCAGAGAAAGAGCGUAUCCAAGCGUAUGGUACGAAGUCCUUACUCAAUGUGGACCCAUUCCAACCGUAACCGGAGUUAUACUGACGCGCACUCAGCGUACAGCAGUGGAGAUAUAUUGCAGGGAAAAAUUAUUAGUAUGGCUCAAAGCUGAAAGAGGCACAGAACUUCCUAGUCCACUUAUUUGUUAACCUCUUAAACGUAUUAUAAAAAUAUAUGCAUAUAUUUAUUAGCAUUAUCUCACUAGGCGUGCAUGUCGCUUUAAGAACCGACGUCUUUCGAUGUGGAUAUGUUUUGUGAGCAACAGACGAAGACUGUAAAUUGUUUAAGUAUCGUUGGCAGAGUUUUAAUGGAGUUCGGAUCAAAGGAUAACUAAACACCUAAGAUAGAUGAUUCCUACGACGACAAUUUUGAAUUAUCUGUGUAAGAGGUCAGCAUAUCUAGGUAAUCCAUCAUGCAGUCCAAGUUGUGGGAAGGAGAUUCUGAGAAUAACAGUAUCUAGAGAAGAAAGGGCUUAGCGGGUGCGCAGAUGGUCUGGAUUUUUGCUACAUUAUCGACGCCGCGAGCACCACAAGUUCUAAGAAGACCGAUCAAUUAAAAUACGUACUCAUAAAUCCAGCCUUAUCAAACUUUUUAAGCAAACCUUCUUGCAUGCAUUAGAGGUUAACUAGUUUACCUCGAUACUGUGGUCAUCGUCCUAGUCAAUCAGUGAUUAAUCUUCAAUGAUUGUCUCGUUUUAUGCCCAGUAACGAUCUUUUAUGGCCACUCUUGACUACAAAAUCUUGAAUCCUGAGAUUCUAAUCUCAGAUCACAAGUGGUCCCUUUGAAGUGAUUCGCUUAAAAGUUAACCUUUCGUGAAGUUAAUUUUUGUUUUGCACUCUGUUGGAUAUAGGGACAGUGUUCUACAAUACGUUGCUUAGCAGUAGAAGGAACUGCUAUAUGUGCUAUCUGGCUCAGCGUUUCCCAAGUUAUGGAUGGCUUGUUGCUCAUACCAGUUUGCCGCCAUCUAUUUAUACAUAGAGCAAAUAUAUAUAUGUAUAUAUAUAGAUCCAGUGUAUAUUAUUAUUGAGUUCAUGGAACUCUUAUAGAAUCAAAUACAAUAAUUUCACUAUGUUAUUAUCAUACAUAUUUUUUCAAAUUAAAUCUUUAUGUUAAAUAAUAAUUACAUAGUAUACGUAAAUUAGGUGCAUGAAUAAAUUCAUAGCGUGAACUCUUGCUGUUUCAGUACCUAUUCUGCGCAAAGGAAAUCGUUUUCGCGUAUAGUUUCGCGUUGUGUUUUGGUAUCACCCAGAAAAUGUAGUCUAAUGUAAGACCCUCUGUAGAGGUUUCAAAAAUCCAAAAGAUGCCAAAAAAAGUACAGAUUGAACAAAUAAAUCGUUGUGGCUUAUCUUUACAGAACAAUUAAAAAUAGGCUAGAAACUUUCACAAUAAGAAAUUGAUUUCUGGAUAACGUUCUGGACUCAUUAACAAUAGAUUUUUGCUCGAUUUUAAUAAAUCUUUAAGCGUUUUAUUGCGAUUCCUGUUAUAAACCUUUCGCCUUACGUCGUGGGAAUUUCUUCUCUUCCCACUUGAAAUGUGGAGUCUUAUUUGCUUGAUCAGCCGGCAGCGUUUCAGGGCAAAUCUCU